AUGAAGUUUUGUCCCACAGACUUGUCCAAAGUCUACACGGCCUCUGGAGACGGGACGGUGACUCUGCAGAGCUUUGAGGGCCUCCCCAGCUCCGUACUGUUUGGGUCCUCGGACUGUCUCCACCAGAAUCACAACGUCUGUUUCUGGUAUUGUUGUCUGGAUGUGUCCGUGAGCCGUCAGAUGUUAGCAACUGGAGACAAUGUGGGGAAUCUGUUUCUGCUGAGUUUGGACGGACAGAAGAUUUUUGGAGAGAAACUGCACAAGGCCAAAGUGACGCAUGCCGAGUUCAACCCGCGCUGUGAUUGGCUGAUGGCGACCUCGUCCGUGGACCACACCGUCAAACUGUGGGACCUCAGGAACCUCAAAGACAAAUCCAGCUUCCUCCACGACCUCCCACACGAGAAGGCUGUCAACGCAGCGUUCUUUAACCCGGUGGACUGCUCGAAGCUGCUGACCACAGACCAGUUUGACCAAAUCCGGAUUUACGCCUCGUCUGAUUGGACGACGCCUCAACAUGUGAUCCAGCAUCCGCACCGACAGUUCCAGCACCUCACUCCCAUCAAGGCGACAUGGCACCCCACCUAUGACCUGGUGGUCGCGGGUCGAUACCCGGACGCUCGAGUUUGUCCCGGAGACUUGAGGACCAUCGACAUCUACGACUCCAACUCUGCAGAGCUGGUGUUUCAGCUGCAGGACCCGUCUGUCCCCGGGAUCAAGUCUGUCAACAAGUUCAACCCAGUGGGAGACGUCGUUGGGUCUGGGAUGGGUUCCACGGUGCUGAUCUGGGACCGGGACGAGGCUCUGGUCAGCGAUCGACACAAACAAACAGAGGAAAGUUCUGCUCCCGUGGAUUUACUGAGAGGACGGCGGCGGGCGCAGCCUCGCUCCCGGGACAGAGCGCCCCCUAUGGACAAACACUUGGUGAAGAAACUGCUGUCUCUGGAGGAAGCUCAGACCAAAACCAAGAGUAAACGGAAGUAA